AUGAAUCCCAACAUCAGAGCGCAAGCCUCGAGGCCUCCUGCAAAUAUUCCCCCUCCAGGACCCCCGCCUCUGUCCAACCUGCAUCAGUACCAGAUGCAGCCACACUAUUCAAUGGCGCAGCCGCAUACCUUGCCCCCACUCCAACAUCCACAGAGCCAUCCUCCUGUACAUCCCUCCUAUCUAGGACAGCCAUACCGACAUGAGAUGCCCCGGUAUCCAACCACGUCCGCCAACGACGUGUAUGCUGCGUCUUCCGCUCCUAUGCCGCCGCAUACUACCGUCAACAGCUUACCUCCUUCCUCGUUCUUAACCCAUCAUCACAGCCAGCAACAAUAUCCGUCGCAUGGCUUGUUGCCUCCGUCGACUACCUCCCAGGCCUAUCCUCAGCCCAUUGCGCCUGCUCCUCCUCGGGAUAGAAGAACAGAUUUUGGUGGUACAUUACCUUCCGGUUCGUUCAGUGAUACAGGGCCAAAGGGACUCGCAGUGGCAACAACAAAUAGCUUACCUACUUCCCCAGCAACUUUCGUUCCAAAGGACCUGCCACGCACCCAGGUAGUCGGAUCCCAAGGUCGGAGGGGAAUUCUUCCAAGUGUUCCAGGACGGGCGGCUGCUAUUACUAACGGAGCAAAUGGCACCACAAAAGCUGCUAUGCCUGCGAAAGACGCGGAUGGCAAGUUCCCUUGCCCGCACUGCAACAAAACAUAUCUACAUGCAAAGCAUCUUAAGCGGCAUCUAUUGAGGCAUACUGGCGAUCGCCCGUACAUGUGUUUUUUGUGCAAAGACACAUUUUCCCGAAGCGAUAUUUUGAAACGCCACUUUCAAAAAUGUUCAUUACGUCGCGGCAAUCCGACGGGUGCUACUCACCUGUCGCACCCCCACGCUCAUUUGAAGAAAGCUCAGGCUGCGGGCAUUGUCCCCAAACCUGUUUCAGGAGAUGUCAGUAGCUCCAUUCCGGCUUCUAAUGGUAUCGUCGGAACACCGUUUGGGGAAGGGCACGUGAACGGGGUUGGCAUGGCCUCUGGUCACCACAACCCCGGAUUUACAGAUCCACGGCCCCUUGGUUUUCCGAUGCAGCCUGUUGGCGGGAUCAACCGUGGUCAAGUUGAUGAUCAUGGAUACGCCCAAAACCAGACGCAUCAGAGAGCUCCCUGGAUGGCUGAAUCCAAACAGAGUUCGUAUCUCGCACAGUCUGGAGCUGACACAACUGGCCAGUCGAACGUUGACCUACCCCCUAUCGAUGCAGCUAAAUCUGCCAACAACAUGCCUGAUAGCAAACGCCCUGGCAUGCCUACCGGACCGAACCCCGGUCAGCCAGGCGAAAUCGACUGGACGUCCAUGUUCCAGGCCGGCACUCAAGAUGGCUACAUGCAACCAAUGUUUCCAGCUUCAGUGGCUCCAGUUCCUGACUCGAUGCACCCCCAAGUUGAGACCGAUCGAAAGUUUUACCCGACGGCAACGAGCGGGCAACCUGAAGGUGGUUUGAAUGGGCUUUAUUUAGCAUCCACCAGUCUGGGCGGUGACGGAACCGUUCAACCUGCACGCCAAUAA